AUGGUACCUUGGAGUCCUAGAACACAAGUUUGGGAUACGACACAUAUCGGUUAUCUACUCAUUAUCACUCCGUUGUUAUAUGUGCUAUGGACCGUGGUCUAUAACCUAUACCUCAGCCCUCUCUCGAAAUUUCCUGGUCCAAAGCUCGCCGCAUGCACAAACCUCCAAAACCUAUACUGGACAUUGACGGGGCAAUAUCAUUACAAACUCAAGGAGCUCCAUGAUAGGUAUGGGGAUGUAGUUCGUACAGGUCCCAAAAGUCUUGUAUAUCGCAGCCCACAGGCAUGGAAAGAUAUUUACGGCCAUCGAAAGUCGCAAGCUGGAUCUUUCGUGAAAGACCCUGAAUUCUACCUCCAGGGGCCACGCGGGCCCAAUCUUAUUAACGCCAAUGACGCCGAUCACGCACGAGAAAGAAGAUUGCUCUCUCAUGCCUUCUCCGAGAGGGCUUUGCGCGAGCAAGAAGACAUAGUCCAGUCAUAUGUUGACAUUUUGGUUGAGAAGCUGAAGGGGGAAGUUGCAAGAUCACAGGAAACCGUCGACAUGUCUCGGUGGUACAACUUCACCACUUUCGAUAUUAUUGGUGAUCUAGCCUUUGGUGAGCCUUUUGACUGCCUACGCGAAAGCCAGUACCACCCGUGGGUCAAGAUGACUUUUGCGAGCGUGAAAGUGGGAGCUUUAUCGCGCCCACUCUUGGUCUACCCUUUCCUGGCACCGCUUGUCAAGAGUCUGAUCCCCUCCAACUUCAGAAACAUGCGAGAAGAUAGCUUUGUUCUGGCCUCGGAGAAGGUUCAUCGCCGGCUGGAUAAUAAAGUCGAAAGGCCGGAUUUCAUGACUUACAUUCUACGGUAUAACGACGAUCGGUCCAUGACCACACGUGAAAUGGAAGCAAAUGCGGCCUUGUUGAUCAUUGCUGGGAGCGAAACUACCGCUAGUUUACUUUCUGGAUUUACCUAUUACAUUCUGACGAAUCCCUCGGUUUAUGCGAAGCUCGUGGGCGAGAUCCGAGAAUGCUUCAAAUCUUACGAUGAGAUUGAUUUCCAGAGAGUUGUCCAACUGACUUAUCUAAAUGCAGCUCUCGAGGAGAGUUUGCGUGUUUACCCCCCUAUACCGGCCGUUUUACCGCGGAUUGUACCUAAGGGAGGUGCAUUGAUCGAUGGACAGUUUGUUGCCGAGAACGUUUCUGUGUCUGGAGCCCACUAUUCUACCUACCAUGCCGAGUCGCUUUUCACAGAAGCGGACUCCUUCAUCCCCGAACGAUGGCUGGAUAGCAGGGACAAACGAUUUGAGUCGGACAAUCGGGCAGCCGUUCAAGCAUUCUCGCUUGGACCUCGCAACUGUCUUGGACGAAAUCUUGCCUAUGCGGAAAUGCGCCUCAUUGCAGCCAAGGUCAUCUGGAGCUUUGACAUGUCACUAGAUGAGCGUUCGGCCACCUGGAACAUUCAGAAAUCGUUCAAUAUCUGGGAGCGGGACCCGUUGAUGGUGAAAUUGUCGUUAGCGCAACAUUAA